AUGCAUCCCAAGUCCCUCCUUUCCACCCUCCUUGUCCUCCUCCCGGCCGCCUCAGCCUGGGACUCCCCCAACUACUCGGGCUUCAACCGGAUCUGGCAGGACACCUUUGCCGGGGCCGCCGCCACGGGAGUCAACGAGGCCAACUGGCAGAUCAUCACCAACAUCAACGUCAACAACGAGAUCCAGCAAUACACGACGUCGCGCAACAACCUGCAGCUCUCGGGCGGCAGCACCGUCCAGAUCAUCCCCCAGAAGGACGCCAGCGGGCGCUGGACCUCGGGCCGCAUCGAGUCCAAGUACACCUUCACCCCGGCCGCCGGCCGCGUCACCAUCGCCGAGGGCCUGAUCCGCUUCGGCGACACCCCCAUCGCCAACAAGAAGGGCAUCUGGCCCGCCUUCUGGAUCCUCGGCGCGGCGAUCCGCAACGGCGUCAGCUGGCCCCGCUGCGGCGAGCUCGACAUCCUCGAGACCGUCAACGGCCAGCUGACGGGCUACGGCACCGUCCACUGCGACACCUACCCCGGCGGCGCCUGCAACGAGCCCAACGGCAUCGGCAGCGCGACGGCUAUCCCGGACCAGGGAUGGCACACCUGGCGCAUGCAGUGGGACCGCCGGUCCAACAACUGGCAGACCGAGACCAUCACCUGGUUCCGCGACGGGCAGCAGUUCCACCAGAUCAGCGGCGCGAGGAUCGGCAGCGAGGGCAUCUGGAACUCGCUGGCCCAUGCCCCCUUGUACUUUAUCUUGAACGUCGCGGUCGGCGGUAACUGGCCCGGUAACCCAGACGGUUCCACCGUCGGCGGAUGGGGAAGCUUGAUGGAGACCGCCUACGUCGCCGUCUACCAGUCUCAGUAG